AAAAAAGUUUAAAGAUAUGUGGGACAUGUGCUAUCUGCAAUAUGGCGUCAUCCUGAUAGGAAAAAAUUAACUUGUGUAGUCGAGAAUAUUCUCGUGUUUUUAAAUUAAUAACCUGAUAAAGAAACACUUAAAAUGGCUUUAUUUGGAGUACAAUUAGUAGUUACAAUGGUUAUGGCAAGUGUUCUACAAAAGCUAUCUUCUCAUUUUUCUGUUGCUCGUUGGAUGUUGUGUAAUAGGUUAGUUCGCUAUUUGCAUCCUUCAGAUGAAGAAUUAAAAAUGUUAGCAGGAAUUCAACCUGUUUCAAAUAAAGGAAAAGGAAAAAAAAAUAAAGAUAGACAGUUUGAAGGAUCUGAAAAAGAUUCAGAAUUUCUUGUGCCAAAGAAAUUAGAUUUGCAACUAGAUUCUGUUGUUAUAAAACCUGUUGACAUGAUUCAAUUAAGAUAUUAUUCUGAAUAUCAGUGGCUGGUUGAUUUUGCAUUAUGUGCUGUUAUUGUUUAUAUUAUCACAGAAUUUUAUUAUUUUAUUCUUCCACCAAAAGAAGAAGUAAAUUUAAGUAUUCUCUGGUGUAUUUUAGUUGUUGGAUUUACUUUGAAAAUUUUGCUGUCACUUACUGCAUUGUAUUUUAAAGGAGAUGAAGCAAUUGGUGAGAGAUCACUAUGUUUAUCAGCUGGAGGAUUUUUCUUUUUACUUGCAAUGAUAGUUUUAAUUACAGAUGAAAAUAUUCUUGAAUUUGGAUUAGAACCAGCAUAUUCAAGCUUUAAUUCAAGUGCCUUUCACUUUUUACAAAAUCAGGGAUUGAAUUCUAGUGGACCUGCAUCACAAUUAAUGUUUAAAUUAAGUCUUGCUGUCUGGAGUGGAUUAAUGGGAACAUUUUUUACUUUUCCUGGUUUACGAUUUGCUAGAAUGCAUCGUGAUUGUCUUAAAUAUUGUGAUGAACGACCAUUCACAAAACUCUUUCUUCAUUUAAGCUUCUUAUCACCAUUAUUAAUAUUAAUCAUGUGGGUAAAGCCCUUAGCUCGAGACUAUUUUACUCAACGAACAUGGCCAGGAAUGAAUGGUGUCUUGAUGAGACCUGAUGUAUUUGAAACUGUACGACUAAUGAUGCUCAUUGGAAUAGUAAUUCUUAGAUUCUUAUUGAUGCCACAUUAUCUUCAGUCUUAUUUAAAUCUGGCACCAGGAAAAAUAGAACAACUUAGAAAAGAAGCUGGACGAAUUAGCAAUGUUGAACUGCAACGCUUGGUGAAUACACAUGGAGCAGUUACUUAUGGUUACCUGUUUCAAACCAAAACAAAACUUUGCCAAUAACACCAGUUAUUGUAAAUGAUGAUACAAUUAUCAGCACAAGUCAGCAAUUUUCUUUGACACUGAAUAAUCUAAAGCAUGUUUUUACUCCUGUGUUGUAUAGAGGUGUGCUAGGAUUUAUGACAUGGUGGUUAUGUGCUGUUUG